AAUGCCUCGAAGGGAGCCUGCCAGCUACUCCUGCAGAGACCUGAAGGUGUUGAGCUUCAGCUGAGGAUGGCAGGAGAUUCUCGAGUCCUCAUGGACCACAACAUGGAGAUAGGAGUCACGCCUGCACAGGUGAAGAAGCUUCCCAAACACUUGCGGGAGGCUCAGAUCUCAACAGAGCGAACCCACUUGAUUUCCGACCCGGCGAAGAAGCCGCGUCAGCGAUAUGUGCAGAAGGAUGGCAAGUGCAACGUUCAUCACGGAAAUGUGCAAGAGACCUACCGUUACCUCAGUGACUUGUUCACAACACUGGUGGACCUACGCUGGCGUCUUAGUCUCUUUAUUUUCACCUUGGUCUAUGUAGUCAACUGGCUUUUCUUUGGCUUUCUGUGGUGGUUGAUUGCACUCAUCCGUGGGGAUCUGGUGCACGGUGACGAGGAGGGCUGGACCCCCUGUGUGGAGAACCUCAACAGUUUUGUCUCAGCCUUCCUCUUCUCCAUUGAAACAGAGACCACCAUCGGGUACGGUUAUCGUGUAAUCACAGAAAAAUGCCCUGAAGGUAUCAUACUGCUUUUGGUGCAGGCCAUUUUGGGUUCCAUUGUUAACGCCAUGAUGGUGGGCUGCAUGUUUGUCAAGAUCUCACAGCCAAAGAACCGUGCCGAGACCCUCAUGUUCUCGCACAAAGCUGUCAUAUCAGUGCGAGACAACAAGAUGUGCCUGAUGUUUCGGGUUGGUGACCUGAGGAACUCUCACAUCGUGGAGGCCUCGAUCCGGGCAAAGCUGAUCCGCUCGCAGCAGACCAAGGAGGGGGAGUUCAUCCCACUCAACCAGACUGACAUCAACAUCGGCUUUGACACGGGAGACGACCGCCUCUUCUUGGUGUCACCGCUCAUCAUCUCUCACGAGAUCAACGAGAAGAGCCCCUUUUGGGAGAUGUCACUGGCGCAAAUGGAGAAGGAGGAGUUCGAGAUCGUGGUUAUCCUCGAGGGCAUGGUGGAGGCCACAGGGAUGACAUGUCAGGCACGAAGUUCCUACCUGGACACUGAGGUGCUUUGGGGCUACCGCUUCACACCGGUCCUCUCUCUGGAGAAGGGCUUCUACGAGGUAGACUACAACAACUUCCACGAUGUCUACGAGACCAACACGCCCACCUGCAGCGCCAAGGAGCUAGCUGCUAAGCUUCGGGACGAGCCUCUAUUGCCUCAGCUUUCACUCCUCAGCCCCGAACCCAAAUUGCAUACUUUUGACCCCCUAGACCGCCUGUCCAAACCGGACCCACUAAGCCAGGAUGAGGACAAAGAGGAGAGAGAAUCAGGGGGUGACAGAGGAGAGACCAAUGGCUCAGCUGCUGCUUUAGAGGAGCCACCCCUUGCUGAUGGACUGCCUGACUGAUUAGCCACAUCAGCUAAAAGCCCAGGAGAGACUGGACAAGAGGACUGGACAAUAAAAUGCUUCAUUUAGUCAAUGGCCAGCUUGUUCCAUUGCAAUGUUUGGAGAGACAAGGCAUCUUUCUCCAGCCCCCGGCUCAUGCAAUACUCCUCUACUAGAGUGUCAAUCUAUAGUAUAGAUUGGUUUUGUAGACACGUAAGUACACAUACACAGACACACACGUACGGUAUCUAUAUCUACACUUAAAGGUUGGUGGUUCAGAUUGUCUUUUUAUAAUCGUAACGACCACUUAACUGCUAUACCAGCUCAAGUUGUAUAACAUAAACCUGAGCUGAAACCGGUAGCCAUGACAGAGUACCAUGGGCUUAUCAUGGAUACUCCAAUAUUCUCAUUUUAGAGUGUGUUAAUUCAGCUUCAUUUGAGCAAAGUAUAAGUCUCAUAACUCAGCUAAUGUGUCUGACAGCAGCUUCUGCGUGGUAAUUGAACCUUGCUAUUGAUGAUUUUCAAAAAACAUGGGGGAUUAUUAUUUCCUUUCUCUGUCAAUGUUGUUAUUAUUCUGUGUCCCCUUCACCUGGAGGAAAUAUGUAAGGCUUGUAGUUUGCCUAGGACAAGACAAGAUGUAGGAAUUGAUCCAUAACAUGCAAUGUGUACUGGCAACCACUAUCCAGUUUUCUUUUCUUUGUUGAAACCCUUCCUCAUGGUUGUACUGCCAGAAAUACUUUCAGUGUGUGUCUGAGUGUCUCCCCAACACACCGGGAGCCUUGACCCAAAAGAAGCCAGCGAGUACCUCAUUUUAUACUCAUUUCAGGGUUUGAAAUUAACAAUAAGAAUGAGGCAAAUGCUGGUAAAAGCUGUAUAUGAUACUGACUGACUAUUUUGAAAAUGUUGUGGCUGGUUAAAGAUUUAAUUCCUCUCCCUGCUUCAGUUACUAAAACAUUAAUUCUAUGCCCUUUCCUUGAUACAUAAAGCACAAUUUCCCAAGAGGUGACUCCACGCUGACCCAACCACACACCUAGCCACUGCUACUGGCUGAUGCAUGUCAGUCCUAGUUACAAGUGACAUUCAAAUGUAGAUUCAAAUAUUUAUAUGAAAUAUUUAUGCUCAACUGCUAUUUGAAAUGUUCUUGAUUUUUAUA